CCUUUCCUAGAGCCGGUUUGCAGGGGCGAAGAAGGAUAAGCGAACGCAACUAGCAACAGUCCCCAGUGAACGCGGCUCGAGGGAAGGUUGUUGAACGAGGUUGUUGCGAGGUUCUUAAAGGAGAAAGUCGCUAUGGCAGAGAUCGCACAGGGAGCGCUGAUAAUUGAAGGCAAGACCAAGGCCGUGUACGAGGCCCAGGGAGACGGCGCCCACGUGGUUGUGGUGAACAAGGACCGCAUCACGGCCGGGGACGGGGCUCGGGCACAUGACCUCGAGGGAAAGGCCGCCAUCUCCAACGCCACCAACGGGAAGGUCUUCACUUUUUUGAACGAGGCAGGGAUCAAGACCUCAUGGGUGAAGACGCUAACCGAGAAGACCUACUUGUCCCGCAAAUGCCACAUGAUCCCCCUGGAAUGGGUCACACGGAGAGUCGCCACGGGGUCCUUCCUGCGCCGCCACCCGGGGGUCGCCGAGGGUUACCGCUUCACGCCGCCCAAGAUGGAGACUUUCUUCAAGGACGAUGCUAACCAUGACCCUCAGUGGAGCGAGGAGCAGGUCAUCGACGCCAAGCUGGAUAUUGGGGGCGUGGUCAUCGGUCGCCACGAGUAUGACAUCAUGGCGAGAACCACCGUGACCGUGUUUGAGGUGCUCGAGCGGGCGUGGGCAGCGCUGGACUGUGCCCUUAUCGAUAUGAAGAUUGAGUUUGGCAUUGACGCUGAGACCAAAGAAAUUCUCGUGUCGGACACCAUCGACUCCGAUUCGUGGAGACUUUGGCCUUCUGGUGACAAGAGGCUGAUGAAGGACAAGCAGGUUUACCGUAAUCUAGAAAGUGUUACUGAAGCGGCUCUUGAUCAGGUGAAGAGGAACUUCCAGUGGGUUGCGGAUAAGCUUGAUGACUUUAUACCAAAACCAAAAGGCUUGGUUGUCGUGUUGAUGGGCUCCAAAUCUGAUGCGCCACACUGUGAAAAGAUUCGAGACCACUGCAAGAAACUGGGUGUCCCUUGCCAACUCCGUGUGACCUCUGCUCACAAGGGCACAGAGGAAAGCCUCGCCAUUAUUGCACAGUACGAGGGUCUUGGAAUCCCACUGGUGUUCGUAGCUGUUGCGGGUCGUAGUAAUGGUCUGGGCCCAGUUACCUGUGCUAACACCUGCGCACCUGUCAUCAAUUGCCCGCCCCUCAAGCCAGAGGAACUCUCCAGAGAUGUAUGGUCGUCCCUUAACCUUCCUUCAGGCAUGGGUUGUGGGACGGUCCUUUAUCCAGAGGGAGCUGCACAGACUGCUGCAACCAUGCUGGCCUUGAGUGACCAUGUCAUUUGGUCCAAAAUCCGUGCAAAACAACUGAAUCUUUGGGUCACUCUCAAAAAGGCUGAUAAGGAGAUUUGUCAGACAAAUCAAGCCGCAGCGUAACUUUCAUUCUUCCGCUACAAAAAAGGUUCCAAUUACUCUCCUGUUGCAAAAAAACAAAUGUAAUAGGGUUUAUACUCCAAUGACAAUUAUAUAUGUUAUAUAGA